AUGGAGAAAGCAGACUCAAGCAGGAGGGCAUCAAGAAACCAGCCAAAUGCUCUCCCUCUCCUUGCCAUUCUUGCAAAGGAUGUAGGCAGCCUGGCAAUGAAUGAAAAGCUAGUGUUCAUCCCGAUACUCAAGAGAUGGCAUCCUUUGGCAGCAGGUCUUGCUGUGGCUACCCUUCAUGCAUGCUAUGGAAACGAAAUGAAGCAAUUCAUUGCCGGUAUCACAGAAUUGACCCCAGAUGAUGUUCAGGUGUUAAGAGCAGCAGACCAGUUGGAGAAAGACCUUGUGCAGAUAGCUGUUGAGGAUUCAGUAGACAGUGAUGAUGGCAACCUCGAAGCAAGAUCUUCUUUUAAAAGAGUUCGUGAACAUGAUAUCGAGACGUAUAUAAGGAGGCAGCUACAGUUUACUUUCGAAUUUGUGGUGAGGAUAUCCUACAUUCUGCUGUGA